AUGGGAAGACGUGAGAACCUCCGCACUGGUUUUGUUACUCCCUUCACCCUCACAUCUUCAUCAUCAGCCUCAAAACUUUCAACGAAAUGUGGGUCACUUCGAAAAAUUUUCAGAACCAGUGCCCUACCGACAAAGAAUACAGGAGUUCUACCGGCGCGAUGUUCAAUGGAAGAAACACCUUCUCGGGACAUAGUGCUGAAAUAUGGAAUUGACGCAGCUGUUGAAGACUUCAUCAAGUCAGGUCUGAACAUAGGUAUUGGCGGCGGGAAAACGGAAGAAGUAACAAAGCUUGUGGACGCGCUCGAUUCCCUCAAUCAAGUGGAAGGACUCAUUGAUGUUGCAUUCGUCUCCGCGUCCCCUACUACAGCGGCCUUGCUCAGAGAUAGAGGUAUGCCUUCGGAUCUUGCCGUUAACUUUAAGAAGGGACUUGAUGUGUUUCUCGCACUCGUGGAUGCGGUGGAUGCAGAUUGUAACGCGGUGAUUGGCUCCGAUAACAUCAGCGGAGACAAGUACGCAGCUCACAUGGCAGAUAAAGUUGUACUUGUUGUACAUGAAGAGAACGUUGAGAACUCCAAGAACGGCUUGCGUUCGGUGCCGAUCCAGAUGGUGAAUUUUCUCCCCGGUCUAGCGACGGAAUCUCUCUGUUCUGGCGUACUGGUAGAUCUCGGCGUAAGAGGUGCAUCCUUGAGAACUGACCAAAGCCACAUUGCGGACUUGGCUCUGGCGCCAUUCACACAACUGCUAGCCCUCGAACAUCAGUUGUGUUCUAUGGCUCAAGUUGAAACAUCAGGGAUUCUUCUGUCGACCGAAAAAACAGUCGCUGUUGUCGCAACCAGAGACUGCCAACCUUUCGACAUGACGUCUUCACUGUCUUCAAUGACAUUGCUCGAAAGUGCGUCCUCUGCGGUUGUCUUGACUGAAGAAAAGCGCAGGGAGAUCCUCGGGAAGUACGAAAGCAGCUGGAUUAUCGUUCCCCACGGAGAGGGUGAGUUGUUGUCAAGAACGUUCAAGUUUGUGAACGUCGAUUGUGCUCAGGCUUUCGUCAGAUAUGUGCACUUCAUAUCACGUGGCGCGCACUACUGCCCAGAAAUUUAUCACGGCAACACGUUCGUUGAAGUAAGGGUGAAUACUGAAGGUAAUCCGGGUAUUACGGAGCUCGACACUCUCAUUGCGAAAGAGCUGGCAUCGGUAUACCAGAGAAUGUUUUCAUCAUCCCAGUUGAUUUCCUAGUAGGCAACGGGAAGUCAGAAUCAACCCGGCUCUGCUUCCUCCGCAACGAUUCACCUUAGGUUUUGUUUCACCCAUGACCCAGAAUGUGGAGUCAUGGUCAAAAUUCCUUGCCGAGCCAUGAGUAGCUGGCGGCAAAGACGGCCGUAACUGGCGCACAUGUGUCUGACGUGUCUCAUGUCGGGAGAUGGCGGCGAAACGACAAGGCACAAUGUGCAUAUCAUUUUGUGGCGGUUCAGAGGAACGAAGCAUCGAUCUCACUUGUCGUCGUCAAACGUAACGGAUGUACAUGUCACGAAGCAAGCGACCAACACGAGGAUGCAAGCAACGGUCGACCCAGCAAGAAGAACUGCAUUCCAUUGAAUGUAAAAGCGGGACAUGCGCUCCCGGCAGCCCGGAAAGCGGACGAUGUUAAACUCUGGUUUCCCACCAUCAACGUCUUCUUCUCGGCACACGGUUCCACAACGAGAGAAAUUUGCAGUUUCGGGGCCGUCUUGACAAUCGCCCUCUUCGAAACCGCGGCAAGACAACUGUUUCUGAACGCGGCAUGGGAGUGUAGACUUGGGAUUAUUUACUUCGUUCAUCCAGACGACUUCUAACUCAGAAGCGAAGGAUGUUUCGUCGCCGCUGGCGCCGUAAAUAAUGAAAAUGGAGCCGACCAUGACUAGGCAUAUUGCGAGAACGGCGACAACCAACCCCAACAAAUAAAA